AUGGAUAGACAACCAGCAUUCACCGUGGAGAGCUUUAUAACCAACUGGAAUGGGGACUUUCCAAACUAUCCAUUGGCUGCUGUUGAUCUAAAAAAGCCUCAGGCAGUAAUGGGGGCAUUGUUCCAAGUGUUUGAUAGACUUGGCAUCGAUAGGGAUGUUAUCCUUGCUCCCCCACCAGAAGAAAAUCGUACCGAGAACACUGUUUACUACACUGACCUUCUUCCGGUUAUCAACAUGACAAGAGUAAUUAACCAUUUGGUGACCGUGAUGCCUCAAGUAGACGCCAACAUCAGUGUCACCCACUUCUUACAACCAACGGCCACCACGUCACAUUCCAUACUACUGCUACUGUUUAAUUUGAUGGUGUUUAAUGAGGAACAAUUAAGAGAUAUAGCACCACAUGAGGAAGUACUGUUUGCCAAGACUGAGCAGGUGAAAACAUUAGAAGAAAAGAAGAACAAACUACUGGAAAUGCUCAAUGAACAGUCAGAAGAGAAAGCUAAACGCGCACAAAGAUUGGACAAGCUUGACCAUGAUAUAAAACAGUUUGAGGAAGACUUAAAGCUAGAGAAGGAGUCACAUGAUGAAGAAAAACAAGAGUUAGAGGCUAUAUUAAAAGAGAACAAACAACUAGAGAUGGUCUUAGAACAGAAGAAGAGUUAUAGGGAUGAAUUAAUGGAUGAAGUAGAUAAAAAGAGAGCUUUGAGGGUAUACGAUGCUGAUGAUGUCAAACACAAAGCAGAACAGGCAGCACAAAAUGUCCAAGAGGCAGAAGAGAAGCUUGAAUCAUUGCGAGCCACCCUUAUGCAGAAGGAAACCAGUCUGAAGAAUCUACAAACCAUCAAACCCAACUUGGAUGCUGCUAAUAAUCUUUUACAAGAAAUUAUGAAGUUGUCUGAUAAUUUAAGGGACUUUGAAACUGGUGACCUAGAGUCCGAUAGCAAGGAAGGUGAAAUAGACGUCCUGAAUACAGAAGCGGGCGAGUUGCAAGCUCAAUUGUUGGAGCUUCAGACCGCCAGAGCGGAAGCCGCCAAGAUUAGACUCGAUAAUCAAGUGAAGAGACAGCAGGAGAAAACUGUAGUACAUAGUGCUCUUCGCGAAGCAGAAGAAAAAGAGAAAAAGAUGCAAGAACAAACUAAGAAGGCUCUCCAGCGGACAGAAAAUAUAAAGGAAGCUACUUUCCAAUACGAGACAGAGAAAGCGAAAGGAAUGGAGGAGCUUACUAUUAUUGACAAUAGUUUUUGUAGUGAGUUGAAGGCUGUCGAUGAAAUGUUGUUGAACAAAGCCGUUGAGGCACAGAAAAAGAUUGAAGAAAAACUACGGAAUAGACGAGAAUAG